UCACUAUGUUCACUCUUGACGAUCUCAAAUUUUUGGAUAGUUAUCAAUUUUUAGAUGCGUCUCUUGAUACGUUAAUAAACAAUCUGAUUGUAUCCGAGCAUAGUUUUGAAAUUUUUAACAGUUUCUUUAAGAAUGAAAAAAACCGAUAUCUGUUAAAACGUAAAGGCGUUUUUCCCUAUUCGUAUAUGGAUUCUAUUGAAAAAUUGGCCGUUAAAGGAUUACCACCUCGGGAAGCAUUUUUCAAUGUUUUGACUCAAAGUCACAUUACAGAAGCGGAUUAUUCUCACGCAAAGCUCGUAUACCGAGCAUUUAACUGCCAAACAUUCGGUGACUACUUAAAGCUUUACCAAAAUUCUGAUGUUAUAAUGCUUGCAGAAGUAUUCUGCUCAUUUCGAAAUACAUCACUGAAAUGGUAUGGAUUGGAUCCGGUUCAUUAUAUUUCAGUGAGCGAAUUAACAUUCGAUGCGGGUCUAAAACUUUGCAAAAUAGAGUUGAAACUAUUAGGAAACAUCAACGAUUACAUUUGGUUCGAAAGCCAAAUGCGCGGCGGCAUAUGUCUAGUAGGGAAACGAUUUGCAAAAGCAAACAAUCCUUUAUUACCAAACAGUUUCGAUAGUUCAAAACCGAUAAGCUAUAUCCUUGCAUUAGAUGCUGUUAAUUUAUACGGCUAUGCAAUGAGUAAACCAUUGCCUUAUGGAGAAUUUUAUUGGUUAACUGCAGAUGAAGUACAGAGUUUUAAUUUAGAUGACAUCUCUCCCGAUUCUGAUAUAGGCUAUGUAUUAGAAGUAGAUUUGGAAAUACCUUCAUCACAGCAUGAGAGACAAAAUGAUUGGCCUAUGGCUCCCGAACAUCUUACGAUCACUUAUGAGAUGUUAUCUCCAUAUUCCAAGCAAUUGUGCUCUAAAUUUAAUUUGAAAAAUACUUUGCCAAGUAAAAAAUUAACUCCGAAUUUUUUCCCCAAAAGGAAUUACAUAACUUAUCAUUUAAAUCUAAAAUUUUAUCUCGAACAGGGAUUGGUAUUGAAAAAGAUUCACAGAAUUUUGGCUUUUGCCCAGAAACCAUGGUUGAGAGAAUAUAUCGAUUUUAAUAAUUCAAAAAGAAUAGAAUGUAAAACAGAAAGUGAAAAAUUGUUUUUUAAAAAAUUGAAUAAUUCUUUCUAUGGGAAAUGCUUACAAAAUGUAAGAAAAAGAAUAAAUUUAAAGGGUGCGCUUACUCCUGAAUCGAAUCAAAAAUAUCUAUCAAGCUCAGCUUUAGAAUAUUUUGAACCAAUAAACGAAAAUUUAACUUUGUUUAAAAUGCGCAAACUUAAUUUAAUAUUAGACAAACCAAUUUAUAUAGGGUUUGUAAUUUUAGAGAUUUCCAAACUCAAAAUGUAUGAGCUGUAUUAUUCAAAUUUUAAAAAAUUUUAUGAUAAAAACUGUGAAUUAUUAUAUACAGACACAGAUUCGCUCUAUUUACACAUACACACAAACAAUGUAUAUGAAGAUAUAAAAAAUCAUUUCUCUCAUAUAUCAGACACUAGCAAUUUUCCUCAGAAUCACCUGUUAUAUAGCGGUAUUAAUAGGGGAAAACUAGGAACGCUAAAACACGAAACAUGCGAACCUAUUAGUGAAUUUAUUGGAUUAAAGCCUAAGAUGUAUAGCUUUCUGUUUGGUGAUAACGAAUGCAAAAAAAACAGCUAAAGGAGUUCGCAAAAGUUCGCUAGCCCUUUUAACUCACGAAACUUACAAAAAUGUAUUGAAAGAUGAGUUAGUUAUUCGAAAAAAUCAAUAUUCCAUAAUUUCUAAAAAACAUUCGCUUACAACAAUGGCCCAAAACAAAACAGCUCUCUCGUCUUACUACGAUAAAAUGUACGUUUGCGAUGAUGGAAUAACUACGCGAGCUUAUGGGCAUAUAGAAACGUUAAAUAUCCCUUCUCCUCCCUAGAUUAUAUUCUUUUUUUGG